AUGGACUGGUAUCUCAAGGCCGCUGAUCAAGGAUAUGCUCUCUCUCAAUACAGCAUUGGGUGUCUCUACAGGAACGGCGAAGGUGUUCCCCAAGAUUACGCACUGGCGAUGGAAUGGUUCCUCAAGGCAGCCAAUCAAGGUGAUUCUUUUGCUCAAAACAACAUCGGCCUUCUCUGCAACCAUGGUCGAGGUGUUCCUCUGGAUUACGCGCAGGCGAUGGACUGGUUCCUCAAGGCUGCCAAGCAAGGGAACGACGUUGCUCAAUUCAACAUCGGCCUAUGUUAUAUCAACGGGCAAGGUGUUCCACAGGAUUAUACAAAGGCCGCGUGGUGGUUCUCUAAGGCUGCUCACCGAGGACACGAUUACGCCAAGAUAGUAUUGGAGGCUUUGCAGGGAAUUGGCGUUGUUGUGAAUUAA